AUGGGCAGGGAAGACCCUGCACGCCCGGGGUGCCAUCGGCGAGGGCACCUGGUGGCUCUGACCGUGAGCCUCUUCCUCACCUGCUGGCCAGGGUCAGUGGCAACCACCACCGUGGAUCUGAGGGACAAGGAACCUGGAGGCACCACACGGCCAAUGGGUAGCUUCACAUCUCUGGAGACCAUCAGUCUGGAGCUAACAGUCGAGGGUGGGGACCUCACUCAGGAGGUCAUCACCUCCAGUCCCAAGGGAGCAAGGACCAUCAGCAUGCAAACAAGUCUUUCUAGGGCUACAUCACUGGGUACACCUACCUUGGACACAUUAGCCACAGCUUCCUCAUCAGGGACUCACUUGGCUGUGACUCAGGGAUUUCCACACUCAAAGAUGACUGCUCUAACGAGCCAAGGUCCUGAAGAUGUAUCACGAACAAUUCCUGCUUCUGUGGAAGAAACCACCUCUUUGUCUUCUGUGACACCCAUCUCUGCCACAACCUCAUCUUCUCACGUUGUGUUGACAUUACAAGGGCAAAGUACCUCCUCUCCUCUACCUGUGACCUCACAUCUCUUGCCUGAGAACUCUGGCCGGGGAAAGAUCACAGACACAUUGAGGCCCAGCCUGGAACCUGACACCAGUUUGCCACCAAAUUUGAGCAGCAGCUCACUUGAGACUCCGGUCACCACAGAAACAAAAGCAAUGGGUCCUUCCACAAACACAGCAGUGACACCUGUAGGGGAUACCAGUUCUGGACGUGAAUCACACUCUCCUGUCCUGGCCCCCGCACAGCCAUCCAAAGCUACAUCUUCAGUGGUUACCUCCUCUACCACGGGGGACAUAACUGCUUUCACAUCGAUGUCUGGCUCAUCUGAGACUAUAAAGAUUGAGAGAGAGUCCGUGUCGUCUCUGAAUACUGGGCUUAGGGAGACAAGUACCUACCAGAAGACCAUCUCUGCUACAGAAAUAAGCACUGCCAUUUCUAAUGUGUCUACAAAUGAUGCUACUACUGAGGUCACGAGGACACAAGCUACCUCAUCUAGCAGGAUAUCCAUUCCAAGUCCUCACUUCAAAACUUUUCCAAACACACCUACAGAAAGCAGAACCAGCCCCUCCACAUCCAUGCUCAUGACAGAAUCUUCAGAAGUGACCGUCACCACCCAAACAGGUCCUCCAAGCAUGACAACACAAAGUACCCUGACCUUGGACACAUCAACUCCAGCCUCCGGGGAAGGAACCCACUUAGCUGUGACUCAGAAAUUUCCGCAAUCAGAGAUGACCACUGUCAUGAGCAAAGGUCCUGAAGAUAUGUCUUGGACAAGUCCCACCUCCAUGGAGGAGACCAACUCUCCAUCUUCCCUAGAACCCAUUUUCACCACAACCUCACCUUCUGCACCUUUCAUGUUACAAGGGAACAGUACCUUCUCUCCUGUGUCCAAAACCUCAGUCCUCACCUCUGACUUGGGAAAAACCAGAAAAGUGUUGGGCACAAGCUUGGAACCUGUGACCAGUACACCUGAAAGUGUGAACAACAUCUCACAGGAGAUACUAACCUUUUCAGAAGCCACCAGCGAUACAGAAACAACUCAUUCUUCAAGAAUCACAGCAGUAACUGAUAUGGGGAUCACUAAUCCUUCCAAAAACACAGCAGUAACCAAUAUGAGGACCACCGAUGAUGAACACAAAUCACAUUCCUUUGUCUCAACUGACUCAGAACCAUCCAAACCUGUAUUCCCAAUGAAUACAGCCAUCACCAUAGGGAAAACCACUGUUUCCACCCCAAUGUCUAGCUUCUCUGAGACUCCAAGAAUUGAAGCUGAGACAAGUUCCUCCUGGAUGUUUGAAAUGAGGGAAACCAGCACCUCCAAGGAAACCAGCUCAUCCAUGGAGAAAACUAUCCUUCCUGAUAUGAACACUGGUUCUGUUACUGAGGUGACAGGGACGGAAGACAUCUCCUCUAGUGGUGGGCUCAGUCCAAGCCCUGCCAUUUCUACCGUGUCACCAGUAAUCUCCACAGAAACUAGCACAAGACUUUCUACUUUCCCCACAAUGACAGAAUCAACAGAAAUAACUGUCACCAUUGAACAAGGUCAUCCUGCAGCUACAUCACAGAGUACCCUUGAUUGGGACACCUCAACCACAACAUCCAUGGUGGGGACCCACACAGCUGUGACUCAGGGACUUCUAAACACAGUGCUGAUGACUCCCAUGAGCACAGGUGGGACAAGCCCUGCCUCUGUGGAAGAAACCAGCUCUCCAUCUUCCCCAGUGACUUUAUCUGCCAUGACAUCACCCUCCCCUGAGUCUCCCACAUUACCAGGGAGGAGCCCAUCCUCUCCUACCCCUGUGACUUCACUUUUCACCCAUGGUCUGGUGAAGACCACAGACACAUUGGGUACUGGCUUCAAACCUGUGACCAGUUCACCUUCAAUUGAGAUCAGCUCCACCAGUGAGAUACUGUCCACUUCUGGAGUCUCCACAAGUACAGAGGUGAUUCAGCCUUCCGAAAACACAGCCGGGACCCAUGGGGUCAACACAAGUUCUGGACCUGAAGCUCAUUCCUCUGCCCCAGCUGACUCAGAGCCAUCCGAUGUCACAUCUCCAAUCAUUCCUCUUUCCUCUAGAGAGACUGCUGUUUCCACACCAGUGCCUCACUCUACUGAAACUACGACAAUUGAGACAAACUCCACAUCCUCUCUGAGUCCUGAACUGAGAGAGACCAGCACCAUCCAGCAGAACAGUUCAACCACAGAGAAAAUCACUCUUCUUUCCAAAGUGCCCACUGAUACAACUACUGAGCUCUAUAAGACACAACCCAUCUCCUCCAGCAGCACGUUUAUCCCUGGCCCCACUCAAUCCACAGUGUCCCCAGACACCUCUGCAGGCAUUAUCACCAGCCUCUCCACAUCCCCCAUGACCACAGAAUCUGCAGAAAUGACCAUCACCAGCCAGACAGGUCUCCCUGAGGCUACAUCACAGGGCACACUUACCUUGGACACAUCAACCAGCUCUCCAUCUUCCUCAGUGCCUUCAGCUGCCAUGACGUCACCCUCCCCUCAGCCCCCCAUAGUACCAGGGAAGAGCCCCUCCACACCCACCUCUGCGACCUCACUUCUCAACAGUAGUCUCGUGAAGACCACAGAGAAAUUGGGCACCAUAUUUGAACCAGUGACCACUUUACCUCCACCUUUGAGUAGUCCCACCACGGAGACACUUUCCACUUCUGAAUUCUCCAUAGAUACAGUGAAAAUUCUUCCUUCCAUUCACACCACAAUGACCACUGAGGGUUCCAGCAGUUCCAGCCAUGCACUUAGUUCCUCUGGCUCAGUUGUCUCUGAGUCCUCCAGGAUCACAUAUCCUACUUCUUCCAUGGAUGGGACCACCCUUUCCACAUCAAAGCCUUCCUCCUUUGAGACCACAACAUUUGAGACCAAGAAACUUUCCCAUCUGAUGCCUGGACUGAAGGAGACAAGCAUGACCCUGGGUUUCAGCUCCAGCACACUCACAAACACACCUUCAUCGGCUCUGUCCACUCAUGGUUUGAAGAGUCCCAAGACAGAUGUUACCUCUUCUGUGACAUCAUCAGCCCCAGUUCAGUCUCUGCCUACACAGGAGACUGACAUUCCAGUGGAAACAGUCACACACUUUUAUGCUACUCCGUCCGUAAUAGGGUCUGCUGGCAUAACUCUCCCAGAAUCCAGUAUUUCUUUGCCUGUAUCAGCAAGUACUCAUCACCUACACACAGAUAUGCUGUCUUCAGCUGAGACCAUUCUUGCUAACACAUUGACAUCUCCCGUGUCAGAGACCAUGGCUUCCUUUGCCACAUCUGGAGUUCCAGGUGCCAUCUCAGCUACCUCCUCAGAUGGUCCAUUUUCUAGGACAGAAUCAGACCCCGAGGAGGAUACCAGGUCCACUGCUGCAGGCAGUCUACCUUUUUCAGCUUCAACACCAUUCCCCUCUUCAACCUUACAUACUACUGAUCUUUCAGUGAGCUCCCCUUCUCAGUGGAUUACUUCCUCCCCAGCCACCCCAAGCACAGUAGACAGCAACCUUGACACAGAGAGCAGAAGGACUAGUGAAUUACCCUUGGUUACAACCAGUACUCUGCAGACUUGGAACCAGCCAUACAGGACAUCUUUACCACCCAUUAUGGACUCUAGAAUGACAGAGAGUAUUGGUUUGGGAACAGUGACAAGUUCUUUUCAAGUUAUUCCACACUCAACACAGUCAACAACAACUGAUGGCACUGUGAAGCGAAUCACAAAGAUACCCAACGAAGCAGCCCAUGGAGGCACCACCAUCCAUAUUCCCCAGGCAUCCACAUCUGCUAGUCUUACAGAUGAGACCAGCACUGCAGUUCCCAUGACAACUUCAUCUAUUUUCAGUAGAGGACCAGAGACUACGCCCUCACUGGUCCCUAGUUCUGGGGUAGAGACCAGCACUGCAGUUCCCAUAACCACCUCAUCUAUUUUCAGUAGAGGACCAGAGACUAUACCCUCACUGGCCCCUAAUUCUGGGGCAGAAACCAGUGCAGCUGUUCCAACUCUGACUAUUUCCUCGGAUGAACCAGAGACCACAACCUCAUGGGUCACCCAUCCUGCAGAGACCAGUCCAACUGUUUCCAGGGCAAUCUUGAAUGUUUCUCAUAGUGAAUCAGACAGCACACCCCCAACAACUACAAGUUCUGGGAAAGAAGUCAGUACAGCUGUUCCAACUCCUACUGUCUCCCCUGAGGUACUGGGGAUGGUGACCUCAGUGGUUGCUAGUCCUGGGACAGAGACCAGCUCAGCUGAUCAAACUCUGGCUGUUUCCCCUGAGACCAGCACACCUGAUUCCAAAACAACUCUGAAUUUUUCCCCUAAAGAAUCAGACAGCACAUCUUCAGCAACCACCAGUCCAGGGGCAGAAGCCAGUUCAGCCACUCCAGUGAUGACUGUCUCACCUAGCAAACCAGUGAUGGUGACCUCACUGGUCAUUAGUUCUGGGACAGACACCAGUACAACCCUUCCAACUUUGACUGGGUUCCUGCAUGAAUCAGAGUCAACCGUGUCCUUGGUCACCCAGCCUCCAGAGUCCCACCCAACUGUUCCCAAGACAAUGCCUAUUUCCCAGAAUGAAUCAGGUACCGUGCUCUCAGUGGUCACCAGUCUUGGGGCCAAAGUCAGCUCUGCUGUCCCAACUAUAACUGUCUCACCUGGUGUAUCAGGAAUGGUGACCUCACUGGCUACCAGUUCCACAGCAGAGACUAGUUCAACUUCUACAACUCUGACUGAUUUCCUACAUGAAUCAAAGACCACAGCCUCAUGGAUCACUCAUUCUGAGACAAAAGUCAGUUCAACUGUUCCAACUAUGACUGUUUUCCCUGAGAAGUCAGAUACAGCAGUCUCUUUGGUCACCCACCCUGAAGAGACCAGCCCAACUGUUCCCAGGAAAAUCUCCAAUGUUUCUCAUAGUGAAUCAGACACCACAUUCUCAGUGGCUACAAGUCCUGGGGAAGAAUUCAGUUCAGCUGUCCCAGCUACAACUGUCUCACCUGCUGUAUCAGGGAUAGUGACCUCACAGGUUACCAGUUCUGUGGCACAGACCAGCACAACUUUUCCAACUGUGACUGGUUCUAUUCCCCCUGGGAAGCCAGACACAACAGUCUCACUGGUCAUCCAUCCUGAAGAGACCAGCCGAAGUAUUCCCAGGACAACCCCCAGUGUUUCCCAGGGUGAAUUUGACACAACACCUUCAAUAGCCACUAGUCCUGGGGCAGAAGGCAGUUCAGCUGUCCCAGCUAUGACUAUCUCACCUGGUGUAUCAGAGAUGAUGACCUCAUUGAUUACCAGUUCUGUUGUAGAGGCUACUACAACUUAUCCAACUCUGACUGAUUCCACACACAAACCAGAGACAACAGCCUCAGGGAUCAUCCAUUCUGGGACUGAAACAAUUCCAGUGGUUCCAACUAUGACUGUUUCACCUGGGAAGCCAAACACAACAGUCUCAGCUGCCACCCAUCCUGAAGAGACAAGUUCAACUUUACCCAGGACAACCCCCAAUGCUUCCCAUACUGAAACAGACACCACAUUCUCAACAGCCACCAGUCCUGGGACAGAAUCUAGUUCAGCAGUCCCAGCUACAACUGUCUCACCUAGUGUAUCCAAGUUGGUGACCUCUCUGGUUACUAGUUCUGGGGAAGAAAUUAGUACCACUCUUCCAACACUGACUGCUUCUCCAGGUCAAAUGGAAAUCACAGCCUCAUGGACCACAGCCUCAUUGGUAACUCAUCCUGGGGUGCAGGCCAGUUCAGCUACUUCAGUUGUCCUCUCUACUAUGCCAGGUAAAUCAGACAUCACACCCUCAAUGGCUACAAGUUCUGAGGUAGAAGCCAGUUCAGCCAUUUUAACUACAACUAUCUCACCUAGUGUACCAGAUGUUAUGACAUCUCUGAUCACUAGUUCUAGAGCAGAGAUCAGUACAACUUUUAGAACUAUGACUGAUUCUACACACAAACCAGAGGCAACAGCCUUAGCAGUCACCCACUCUGGGACAAAAACAAAUUCAGCUAUUCUAACUACGACUGUUUCCCCUGGGAAGCCAGAUAAAACAGUCUCACUGGUCACCCAUUCUGAAGAGACCAGCCACACUGUUCCAAGGGCAACCUCCUAUGUUUCCCAGGGUGAGUCGGACAUCACACCCUCAACGACUACCAGUCCUGCAGCAGAAGUCAGUUCAGCUGUCCCAGCUAUGACUGUCUCACCCAGUAUACCAGGAAUGGUGACCUCACUGGUUACCAGUUCUGAGGCAGAGACCAGUACCGCUUUUCCAACUUUGACUGAUUCCUUAUAUGAAUCAAAGACCACAACCUCAUGGGUCACCCAUUCUGAGACAAAAGCCAGUUCAGCUGUUCCACCUUUUCCAACCCUGACUUAUUCUUCUCACAAACUAGAGACAACAGCCUCAGAGGUCACCCAUUCUGGGAAAGAAACAAGUUCAGUUAUUCCAACUAUGACUGUUUCUGCUGAGAAGCCAGAUACAACAGUCUCACUGGUCACCCAUCCUGAAGAGACCAGUCCAACUGUUCCCAGGACAACCUCCAAAGUUUCCCAGAGUGAAUCAGACACCACACCUUCAACAGCCACCAGUCCUGGGACAGAAACCAGUUCAGCUGUCCCAGCUACAACUGUCUCACCUGGUGUAUCAGGGCUGGUGACUUCUCUGGUUACCAAUUCCGUGACAGAGAUCAGUACAACUUUUCCAACUCAGACUAAUUCCACACUGAAACCAGAGACUACAGCCUCAGGGGUCACCCAGACUGAAACAAGUUCAGCUGUUCCAAUUCUGAUUUUCUCUCCUGGAAAGUCAAAUACAACCGUCUCACUUGUUACCCAUCCUGAGGAGACCAGUCCAACUGUUCCCAGGACAACCUUCAGUGUUUCCCAUGGUGAAUCAAACACAACACCCUCAGCAAACACUAGUCCUGAGGCAGAAACCAGUUCAACUGUCCCAGCUACAACUGUCUCACUUGGGGUUCCAGGGUUGGUGACCUCACUGGUUACCAGUUCCAUGGCAGAGACCAGUAUAGUUUUUCCAACUGUAACUGAUUCCAUGAACAAACCAGAGACUAUAGCCUCAGAGGUCACCCACACAGAAACAAGUUCAGCUGUUCCAUCUAUGGCUAUUUCCCACGGGAAGCCAGAUACAACAGUUUCACUGGUUACUCAUCCUGAAGAGACCAGCCCAACUGUUCCCAGGAUAACCUCCAAUGUUUCCCAGAGUGAAUCAGACACCAUACCCUCAACAGCCACCAGUCCUAGGGCAGAAACCAGUUCAGCUGUCCCAGCUACAACUGUCUCACCUGGUGUGCCAGGGAUGGUGACUUCACCAGUUACCAGUUCUGGGACAGAGACCAGUACAGCUUUUCCAGCUCUGACUGGUUCCCUACAUGAACCAGAGACCACAACUUCAUGGGUCACCCAUUCUGAGACAAAAGCCAGUUCAACUGUUCAAACUAUGACUGUUUCCACUGGGAAGCCAGAUACAACAGUCUCACUUGUCACCCAUCCUGAAGAGACCAGUCCAACUGUUCCCAGGACAACCCCCAGUGUUUCCCAUAGUGAAUCUGACACCACACCCUCAACGGCCACCAAACCUGGGACAGAAACCAGUUCAGCUGUCCCAGGUACAACUGUCUCCCCUAGUUUACCAGAUACAGUGAACUCUGAGACAGACACCACUAUGGCUGUUCUACCUUUGACUCUUUCUCCUGGUGAACCAGCAACCACAGCCUUAUUAGUCACCUCUUCCAGUGUAGAGACAAGCACAAAUUCUCCUGCUUCAACUGUUUCUCCUCAUUUAUCAGAAACCACAGCCUCACCAUCCAUCUGGCCUGAGUUGGAGACUAGUAUAACUCUUCCAUCUCAAACUGUUUCUCUCAGUCCACCAAAAACAUUCUCUGUCUUCACCAUACCUGUGACCACGACAGCCAGAGUUGAUUUAAAUCCAACUGUUUCACUUGGUGUUCCCACAGAAACAGCCUCAGUCUCCACUGAGGAGACAGAAAUCAGCACAACUGUUGCAAUGUCAGCUAUUUCCCAUGGUUUACCAGAGACCACAGGUUUACUGGCCACCAGUACUGAAGCCAAGGCCAGUACAAGCCUCCCUGCUCUGACUCUUUCCCCUGGUGGUCUUGGGCCUUCCAGGACCCCUGCAACAACCAUUGAGCUUUAUACUGUAACUUCUGGGAACACAGAAACCUCACCACCUGCAACCUCAGUUGAACUCUCAGAAUUUCCCAAAACUGUGACAGGAGGCACUGUGACCUUGAGACCAUCAGAGACCACAAUGCGACCUAAAACCAGUCAUGUGGAAGGAUUAAGUACAACCACUAUCCUGAAAACCACCACUGUUGAGACCACUCAUUUAGCUGCCACAGGUUCAGGCCCCACUGUGGCCGAGACCACAACCACCUUCAACACACUGGCUGGAAGUCUUUUUGCCCAUGUGACCACACCUGCAACAUCCACCUUGGCCUCUGUGACUGUGACUUCAGGAACAACCAUUGCAGCUACAAUUCCUUUCUUGAUGCCUUUUACUGUCAACUUCACCAUCACCAACCUGAACUACACAGAAAACCUGGGAAACUCAGACUCUAAGAUAUACAAAGCCACUGAGAGAGACCUGCAGCUGCUGCUCAGGCCUUUGUUCAGAAACAGCAGCAUUGGUUCCCGGUACGCCGGCUGUAGACUGACCUUGCUCAGGGCUGAUAAGGAUGAAACAAGCACCAGGAUGGAUGCGGUCUGCACCUACCGCUCAGAUCCCACAGGCUUCAGGCUGGACACAGAACGUCUGUAUUGGGAACUAAGCCAGCAGACCCAGGGUGUCACUCGGCUGGACCACUACACCCUGGACAGGAACAGUCUCUAUGUCAAUGGUUACAACCAUCGGGACUGGAUCCCCACCACCAGCACUCCAAUGACCUCCACCUUCUCUCCAGGACCCCCAGCAUCUCCAACUUCCAUCCCCAGCUCUACAGUUGCAGACACGGGCCCAGCCCUGGUGCCGUUCACCCUUAAUUUCACCAUCACCAACCUGUUCUAUACCCCAGACAUGGGGCGCCGAGGAUCCGAGAAGUUCAACGUCACUGAGAAGGUUCUGAAUCACCUGCUUGGUCCUCUGCUCCGGAACACCAGUGUCGGCCCGCUCCACUCUAACUGCAGACUGACCCUGCUCAGGGCUGAAAAGGAUGGAGCAGCAACUGGAGUGGAUGCCAUCUGCACCUACCAUCCUGACCCCACACGUCCUGGGCUGGACAGAGAAAAGUUGUACCAGGAGCUGAGCCAGCUGACUCAUGGUGUCACCAGGAUGGGCAACUACACUCUGGACAGUAACAGCCUCUAUGUUAAUGGUUAUAACCGUCAGUACGGGAGGCCCACCACCAGCACUCCAGUGACUUCUACAUUCUCUCUGGAAUCUUCCACAUCUCUGUCCCCCAUCCUCAGCUCUACAAGCAUGAGCCCUUCUCUGGUGCCUUUCACCCUCAACUUCACCAUCACCAACCUGAGCUACACAGAGGACAUGAGUCCCCCAGGAUCUGAGCUAUUCAGCACCAUGGAAAGGAUCUUGAGUCGCUGGCUCAAACCCUUGUUCCAGAAUAGCAGUAUUGGACUCCUGUAUUCUGGCUGCCGACUGAUCUUGCUCAGGCCUGAAAAAAACAGAAGAGCCACUGGAGUUGAUGCUGUCUGUACUCACCGACCUGACCCCAUGGGCUUUAAACUAGACCGAGAGAGGCUGUACCAGGAACUGAGCCAUGAGACUCAUGGUGUCACCCAGCUGGGAUUCUUCACUUUGGACAAGGACAGCCUCUAUGUCAAUGGUUACACCCAACGGACCUCAGCCUCCACCCCCAGUGGGGUGGCAAAGAGAGGGAGGGCAGGAUGGACAGAUGGAGAGCUAGUUGGACCAACCACGUGGAGAUUUUUGCACAGGCCUGAGAAGGACGGGGCAGCCACCAGAGUGGACGCCAUCUGCAUGCAUCGCCCUGACCCCAGAGGCCCUGGAUUGGACAGACAGCAGCUGUACUGGGAGUUGAGCCACCUGACCCAUGGCAUCACCCUGCUGGGCCCCUACACCCUGGACAGGGACAGUCUCUACGUCAAUGGCUACACCCAUCAGGCCCUGAACUCCACCCCCAGCAUAGCCAGCCCUGCCCUGGUGCCAUUCACCCUCAACUUCACCAUCAAUAACUUGCACUAUGUGGAGGACAUGCAUCGCCCCGGUUCCUGGAAGUUCAACAACACAGAGAGAGUACUGCAGGAUCUGCUGAGACUCUUGUUCAAUAACACCCGGUUGGGCCACAUAUACUCAGGCUGCAGACUGACAUCGCUCAGGCCUGAAAAGAAUGGAGCAGCCACUGGAGUGGAUGCUGUCUGCACGCACCGCCCUGAUCCAGCGGGCCCUGGGCUGGACAGAGAGCAGCUGUAUUGGGAGCUGAGUCAGCUGACACAUGGUGUCACCCAGCUGGGCCCCUACACCCUGGACCAGGACAGUCUCUACGUCAAUGGUUACUCCCAUCGGACCUCAGCCCCCACUGCCAACACCACUGACCUUCACCUGGUGUCCUUCACCCUGAACUUCACCAUCACCAACAUGCAGUACACGGAGGACAUGGGUCGCCCAUCUUCUCUGAAGUUCAGCGCCACUGAAAGGAUCUUACAGCAUCGACUCAGGGUCUUGCUCAGUAAGACCAGUGUCGGCCCCCUCUAUGCUGGCUGCAGCCUGGAGUUGCUCAGGCCUGAAAAGAGGGGAGCGGCCACUGGAGUGAAUGUAGUCUGCAGACUCCACUCUGACCCUGCAAGACCUGCACUGAACAAAGAGCAGCUCUACUGGGAACUGAGCCGUGGGACGGACGGCAUCACCCAGCUGGGCUCCUUCAGUUUGGACAGAAAUAGCCUCUUCGUGAAUGGUUACACCUAUGCAGCCCUGGCCCCCGCUACCACCCCUGGGGAGGUCAGUGAGGAGCCCUUCACGCUGAACUUCACCAUCGACAACCUGCGCUACUCGGCAGACAUGGGUCACCCAGGCUCCCACAAGUUCAACAUCACAGACACCCUCAUGCAGCACCUGGUGAGAUGCCUGCUUCCCCGCUCACCCCACCGUGUCCCUCCUGUGCACCGACCACACAGUGGCUCUCUCCUUCCUCUCCAGCUCAGCCCGUUGUUCCAGAGGAGCAGCCUGGGUGCCCGGUAUGCCGGCUGCAGGGUCAUCUCCCUAAGGUCUGUGAAGAAUGGUGCCAAGACACGUGUGAACAUCCUCUGCACCUACCGGCAGUCCCCGAGCAGCCCCAGUCUGCUCGCCAAGCAGGUGUUCCAUGAGCUGAGCAGACAGACCCACGGCAUCACCCGGCUGGGUCCCUAUUCUCUGGACAAGGACAGUCUCUACCUCAAUGGUUAUAAUGAACGUGGUCCAGAUGAGCCUCCUACAACUCCGGCACCAGCUACCACGUUCCUUCCUACUUCACCAUCACCUGUGCAGCCAGAAUCCACCACAGGUAUUGGAGAAGCGGAGCCAUCAAUUCACCCACCAACGGACCAACCAAUGAUCAGUCCCAGUUUCCAGAAAGUCCAGCUAAAUUUCACUAUCACCAACCUAUUCUAUUCUCAGGACAUGAAACAGCCAGACACUCCCAAAUACCAGAGAAACAAGAAAAAUAUUGAGGAUGCGCUCAACCAGCUCUUCCGAAACAGCAGCAUCAAGACUCAUUUUUCUGACUGUGAAGUUUCAGCAUUCAGGUCUGUCCCUCCAAGCAAUCACACUGGGGUAGACGCUGAGUGUAACUUCAUGCUUCUGACUCGGAGUCCAUACCAAGUUGUCAUCUAUGAGGAAUUCCUGCGUCUGACCAAGAAUGGUACUCAGCUGCAGAAUUUCACCCUGGACAGGAACAGUCUCCUUGUGGAUGGGUAUUCUCCCAACAGAAACGAAGUCGUGACUGAGAAUUCUGACCUCCCCUUCUGGGCCAUCAUCCUCAUCUGCCUGGCGGGACUCCUGUUGCUCAUCAUGGUCCUGAUCAGCUUUUUCCUGGUCACUGUCCACCGGCGGAAGAAGGAGGCAGACUAUGAGGUUCAGCAACAGCAGCCCAAUAGCAUGGGCCAUUACCUGCCACACCUGGACCUGAGGAAGCUGCAGUGA